AUUAUUGUUUAUUUUAGGUGUUAACUUCUGAUAGAUACAUGUCCCAGAGGUCAUAUUAUAGCUGAAUACGAAAUAUUUAGAUUAUACUACACCAACAUAUUCUUUUUGAGUUGCAAAUAAGUUGGUCGUUAUGCAGAGAUUCCUUCUUUUAACCUUUUACGGUAUUGUUCACUACUAUUUUUUAAGCUAUGAAGCUUGGAGUGACAACUGCCGGCCCGGUAAGUAUCACUCCGGUACUUCCGAAUCACACUAACGAGGUUUAUGAAGGAUGCCUAAAAAAUAAAUCAAUAGAUGCCUAUCACUUCAACCAAAUUUUAAUUUUCCCAUUGAUGCCGCCAGCAGAGCUAUUAAGGCUACGUUGCUCAGCUAAACCUUAUUUUGAAGAGUGCGUCGAUGUGGGCAAUAACGAUAUUAGAGAAUGUUUAAAUUCCACCGUAUUGGAAGGAUUGAAGGUGUGGAAGCAAAUUGACAAAGAAAUUUCUGAACAAGUGUGCCAACCUGCUGUUAUUGAAUUUUUAGCCAACCAAACCAAUGGAUUAUCUGAAUGUGACAAAAAAUUAAAAGAGGUAUUUAACGUAUGCAGUAGAAAAAUUGGCAAUCCCGAUGCAAAUUCUAUUGAAAUCUUCAAUAUUCCACAGACUAGGGGUUACUGCAAAAAAAUUGCAGCAUAUGAAUCUUGUGUAACUGAUUCUCUUCCAUCAAUGUGCGAAGCUGUUGUUAAAAAUACCCUUUCCAAAGUAAUUUCAUCAAUUAGGAGAAACAUAUGUGAUGUGCCAUUAUAAUGGAAAAAUAUUAAAUUUUUUUACAUAGUUGGGAGAUAUAUGAAUAUACAUAAUGUACUAAUAAAUUAAAUGUUUAAACUUUGCACUUUUAGAAUAAAAUUUUCGCAUA